UGAGAGUGCUUUGCACGUCCCCUCCCGACCUGUCAAGCCGGUUCAUUUCGGUUUUAGCCAGGUUGGCUAAUCUGUUUCGCACGUUCCCCUCCCUUCGUUGACCACAAGCUAUAAAGACACCGCAGUAGCAGACUGCAAGUCUAUGUCCAGCCUGACAAGAACAAUCAACAUGCCCCCCCUCGAGAAGUCGCAGGAGAUGAAGCCCUUCAAGCAGAGAAAGUGUCUGGCAACCAGACAACACGAGGUGUCAAAUAUACGACUCAAGUUUCCCAACAAGCUCCCUGUUAUCGUGGAGAGAUACAACAAGGAGAAAGUGCUUCCUCCUCUGGACAAGACAAAAUUCCUGGUGCCACCUGAUCUCCCUCUCUGCCAGUUUGUCACCAUCAUAAGAAAUCGCAUUGCAAUCAACUCCACACAAGCCUUCUAUCUGCUUGUCAACAACCGCAGCCUGGCCAGCAUGACCCUCACCAUGGCAGAGAUAUACUCCUUAAACAAAGAUGAAGAUGGCUUUCUCUACAUUACGUAUGCCUCUCAGGAAAUGUUUGGCGCCUGAGACACUAUGUUCUUUCUCCAAGGAAGAACUGUUUAUCUUAAGGUUGAUGGUCACUGACAGCGCUUAAUUCCACUGCCAUUGUCGUGGCUGUGUUUCUCAUCGACCAGGAUCUGCUGACCUGACUGUGUCUCGAGUUUGAUAUGGGCUAGGCACAAAUGACUGCAGGGUGUGACUGCCUGCUGAAGCACUUGUUGGCAUUUUCAGCACACAAAAAUCUGGCGUGGAUCCCUGGAGACCCUCAUAUCACUUUGUUUUUAUAACUGCAGGCAAAUACUUUCCAUUCUGGCUUGCAAGGUUGUUUAGAUUUGAUAAAGGGUGAGGUUUACUUUUCAUAAUGUUAUAACAUUAAUUUUAUGGUUCAUGUUAAUCAAAUUGUCACUUAAGACGGCCUCAGCAGACUGGCUUUCUGUGAAAUGGGAUUUCUUAAAAUCCUAGAGUAGAGAACUUCAUUCAUUCAGAUAUUUUUCAAUUCACAA